UACUUCUGAGCAAAUCACAAAAAGUACCAGACCUGUUAAAUCUCUCUGCCACAUACAAAAAAGCUUCAAAUCCAUCAAGAAUGGCAGAGAUUAACGUCUCUCUGCAACGGCAACAAUCCCACGAAUCAAACCCCUCUCUUCGAGCUCUCUUCCACGCCCUCGACCCCAUUUCUCUGAUCCUCAAUCAGAAUUCGAACUCCGAUUGCCCUGUUCCUCUCAAACUCACCUCCGCCGAUAGCUUCAUCAUGGAGCGAGGUCCCAGAUACGAAGCCUACGCCGAACUGAGGGAAGCGAAACUGCGAAGGAAGUAUGCGAGAGCCUUCGAAGAAGAUGAGGAACCGAAACGAGCAACCCCACCGAGAAAACAGGUCAAAUUCCAGACUAACUUGGCUUCUGGACGAAAAGGGUCCUCUGUUCUUGCUCAAUCGGUGCCGGAUUUCUCUGCGGCGUUGCGGAAAGAGAACCGGAAGCCGACGAACACGCUUCCCUCGUUGCCGGAGAUGACGCCGCCGGCCAAGAGCUUCUCUAAGGCGAAUAAUGGGGUUUUGUCAAAUUCGAGAGGGAGCAAGUCGGCGAGCGCAGGGGAGAAGAAAGGUGGUAAUGGAAGGGUUCUGAUGGCCAGAAAGAGCUAUGCGAACAUCGAUGAACUGAAGAGUUUGUCUUCGUACGCUGCGAACGCCAUUAACGGCGAAGCCAGAGGAGGAAGGAGCAAUGGUUAUGGCGGUGGCAGAGUGGUGGGAAACGGGAAGAAUGUUUUUGGUUACAGACAAUAUUGAUUAUGGUUUGUUGAAUUUGGAUUUGGUCCUUGUUGGGAUGAUGAAUGGGUUGCUGCUGAUGAGAGCUCUGGUCACUGAUGAAUGGCGAUAGUUAUUUGAUCUGCUUUAUGGUGUUUUAGAUUCUUUCAAAAUCUUCAAUUUUUUCACUUUGCUUGGGGAAUUUACAGUGGUCUGUAUCCGUACAGCUAUAAUUUGUACACCUAUGGAUUGAGCAUUUAUAUUCAUAACAUCUGUUAUUAUAUAGGAGAUAUUUGUUUUGUGCAUGCCAAUGUACCAGAUGUUCUGGCAAUCCAAGCUGAUGAUGAAGUGA